AUGUAUUCUAAAUAAGCAACAAUCUCAAAAUCUUAGAACUUAAAAUCCAAGCUUUAAAUUAAGGACAUUAUGUCGAAUUCUCACUAAAUUUAUAGUCAACCUUAAUCUUCAAAGGUUUAAGACAAUCAUAAACAAAAAGUACAUUUGUUUUAAUUUAGAAUAAUUAAGAUAGUGAUUACAUGAAGAAAAAACUCUUCAAUAUUUUGGGUAAGAAUAUUGAAUCUCAUCAAUUUUUUAAAGUUUCACCUACUAAUUCACAUUAACAAUAAUAUUUUGUAUCUGCUUCUUUGUUACAAAAACCCAAGGGAUCUAUUAUGUUAAAACAAAAUCAUACAACUGAAAAUAAUGAUUCUCUCAAAACUCUCAAGUACAAUGCCAUGAAGUUACUUAAAUCCACUAAACAUAGGAAUACCAAUAAAUAUAAUUAAUUCAUUUCAAAUAAUAAUUUUGACAUGCAUAAACAAUUUGGAAAUUUUGUGAAAUCUAUUGAUGAAAUUUAAUCUGAUUAAUUACAAAUUUAAAAUACUGAAAGAAGCACAUUAAUUGCACUUUUUGAAAAACUUAAUGAAAAAGAUUAAAAGUAACCUAAACCUAAAAGAUAAACUAUUUAGCAUUCAGUAUCUUAUUCAUAAAAACAAUCAAUAGAAGGUGAAUUUUUAGAUCCCAGUUUAAAGUAGAGAAACAAAUGCAAUUUUUCUAAUAAUUCAUCAGGAUAAUUAGUCAAUCCAAAUUCAACAACAACUUAAAUACAUCAGAAUCCUUUAAUAUUAAUUGAAUAGAAAAUUAAAAUAGAGGAAAAUUUAUAAACAAUUGUAGAUAAAACAAAAUAAAUUCUUUUAAAAUAUCAAGCAAAAUAAAUAUAGAAUGAAUAUGAAAAGGAUGUAUUAAUUUAAGAAAUUAAAUAUUGGAGAACUAAAUACCUAAAAUGUAAAUAAUUAUAAUUUUGA